CUCUACCUUCGAAAUGUCUAUAUAUUCCCUCCCUCGAAUCCUCACUUCUCACCCAAGUCAUCUUAGCUACAUCGAAUCUUGGUUAGCUGCAGCAAAAGAUGUCUUCGAAAUUGAUUCUUGUAUUGCUUCUUGGUGCUCUUGUUUGCACUGCUAGUAGUGCCAGAAAGAUUGUGGACAGGAAGGGUAGUUCUUUUCAGGAUGAGAAGAACUCAUUUCACCGCCGCCCUAGGCUUGGUGGCGGUAUUGGUGGUGGAGGUGGUGGUGGGUUUGGAGGUGGAGGUGGCGGUGGGUUAGGUGGUGGCUCUGGCGGUGGAGCAGGAUUUGGUGGGGGUGCUGGAGGUGGACUUGGAGGGGGUGCUGGUGGUGGAGGAGGGUUUGGAGGUGGGGGUGGGGGUGGGGGUGGUGGAGGAAUAGGAGGCGGUGCUGGUUUUGGAGGGGGAGCUGGUGGUGGGUUUGGAGGUGGUGCUGGUGCUGGUGGUGGCCUUGGUGGUGGUGGUGGCGGUGCUGGAGGUGGAGGUGGCUUUGGAGGAGGUGGCGGUGGUGGACUUGGUGGUGGAGCUGGCGGUGGGUUUGGUGCUGGUGGUGGCGCUGGUGGUGAACUGCCUUGAAGUAAUUAACAAAGAGAUUGAUGAGAGAAUUCCUCAGAAGGACAAUAAUCUUAAUUACUUUCAUGCAUUUGUCUGUUUACUUCCAUGCAAACUGAAGUUCAAUGCUUUAAUGUUUGUUUAAUCUUUUUUUCCCAAAGUGUUCAUGAAAUAAAAAAAUUAAUCUAUUAAGCUCUUUACAAUUAAUAAGAUCAUUUAAUUAGCCAUUACUCCCUUGA